AAUAAAUAAAUUCACAUUUUAAGAAUUACUUUAUUAAAAUCAAAUUUAGCCAAUUUCUGUGAUUUUAUACGUAUAAGAUUGAUCCUCACAGAUUUAAAAUCUUGUCAAGGAAAUCAGGUUUUGUAUGCGUGUUCAUGCAUUCGACUCAUCCGCAAGAUUUAUUGAAAUGAUGAAAAUAACAAGGAGUAUAAUUUCCGGCAUCUUUGGAUGGCAGAUAUAAAGUUUGCAAAGAAUGUUAAAUCAGUAUAGUGAGAAAUCUCCAAGUUGUAGCUAGGAAUAUUCUUUUCGACAUGAAUUUAUCAACAAUCACAUUGUGUGUAUUGAUAGAAAUGACAGUAGUAAUAAUAGCGAAAGCAGAAAGAUUACGUGCAAUAAACUCUUCUGAAAUAGAUGAUUAUGAUGAUCUAAAUCUUAACAAGUUCAUUGAUAUACGAUCUCCAACACUAUUACGCCAAAACCAUUAUCCAAGGCCAAACAAGUCUCUUUACAGUUAUAACUAUAAUACUGAUACCGGUAUUCAGGCUCAAGAAUACGGUUAUCUCAAUAAUGCGGGCACCGAUCAGGGGACUUUGAACGUGCGUGGCAACUACAACUAUACUGAUAACGAUGGCAACACUUUCCAUAUUUCAUAUAUAGCCGAUGAAAACGGAUUUCAGCCAAAGGGUGCUCACUUGCCCACAAUGUCAGCACUGAUUAAAAAGAUCCUUCAAUACAUCGCCGAACAUCCCGAAGAGAACGGAGAAUAAGGACGUAAUAUGCUAAAAAUAUGAGUAAAAUCGACAAAUUGCAAGCAAACUUUGACAAAAUAAUAGAUCAUAAAAAGCUUAGUGCAUACCGUUGUAGUCGCAGCAAAGAUCGACAGAUAUUUAAUCUUUGUCGAGAUCGACUAUCUCGGACUCGUCUUUUUUUUGUUGUGAUUGUUUUUGUGUUUUUAUAUUUGUAUUUGUAUCAGUAAAUUAUGUACGUAAAACUAUUAAUUUUUUGAUUCUAUAGAUAAAGGCACAUUGCAUGUCUUUCGAGAUAAUCAUGUCAAUACUUAUGUAAUCAAUUGAUUUUUCUCAUAUAUUUUUUUUUCUUUAUAUUUUUUGUUAAAAUAGUCUCUCUUUCACACAUUCAUUAAACUAAUUUUUACUAUAAUAUAA